AAGUAAUUAAGAUGACGAAUAUUAAUCAUAUGUUUUGUCUCCCACGCAGAAGAAGCUCUAGCGAGUGACCGUCGGAGAAAUGGAGAUCGGAAUGAGGAAGCUCUCUUCGGCGUUGGCUCUGUUAUCUCUGGCAUUGAUCUCUGCUUCAAUCGCUACGACCACGGAGGUCCCUUUCAUGGUAGUCCACAAGAAGGCGUCUCUCUCAAGCAUCAAAUCAGGAUCCCAACGCGUCUCCGUCACCAUCGACAUCUACAAUCAAGGACCCUCGUCAGCAUAUGAUAUAAAUCUGGCAGAUGAUAACUGGAAUUCAAAUCUCUUUGAGAUUGUUAGUGGAAACACUUCAAAGUCAUGGGAAAAGCUUGAUGUCGGUCAAGUUCUGUCACAUUCAUUUGAGUUGCAGACUAAGACAAAGGGUCUCUUCUAUGGCUCACCAGCUGUUGUUACUUUCCGUGUCCCAUCUAAGGGUGUUCUUCAGGCAUAUUCAACUCCAAUAUUGCCUCUAGAUGUGCUUGCAGAGAGCAUCCCGGAGAAGAAGCUUGAAUGGGUAAUUCAGAUCAUUUCUUUCGUUAAAAUUUACUUGAUUCAUCGGCUGUAUAAUUAACUAACCUUGAAUUUUCUCUGUUUUUUUCAUGGAAUCCUUCUUGAACGUGACU